CGCUAUACCAUGUCAUUUACCAGUAUAAAUAAAAACAUGAAGGAUCAAGAAAUAUUUGUAAUACGGAGUAAUAAACUCUCGGGAAAGUAUAAACCCAAAUUGGGGUUCCCUAUUUAAAGCACAAGCAGUACUGUAGAAGUCUUGUGGAAAGCAAGAAAGGGGAGAGAGCGAAAGUGAUUUUAUUUCACAAAAAAAUUCGACGGAACCCUUGUGCAAAUCUGUGAUAAUAGAAAACAAACUAUAUUCCACCUCUACAGCGAUUGCGAUUACUCAGAAACUCGCCGACGAAUUCGGAGUUAUUCUUUAACAAUGUCAUCUUCUUGUCCGAUUAGCAGGCGUUUCUUCAAGGUCAUGGUGCCUGGUUUCCACUCUAAACUUACAAUUCCAUUAGCUUUUUGUCUGGAGCUAAAAGGGGAUAAAUCAGAAAAGGGGAGUAUAACAAAGGGCAAGGAUACAUGGAGUGUUGAAAUUGGUCGAUCCAAGAAGGGUAUUAUCUGGUUUGAUAAAGGUUGGGAAGAAUUUGUGCAAAAUCAUAACCUAAGAAUUGGAGAUUUUGCUGUGUUUGAGCACUUGGGUAAUAUGAAUUUCAGUGUUACCCUUCUUGAUUCAACUGGCUGUGAUAAAAAGUUGUUGAUGUUGGAAAAUGCCGAACAAGUACCUUCCCAAGGGAAAAAUGUGAAAUCUGCUCAGUGUGGAAUAGAGAAAAGGAAACUUGAAGGAGAUCAACCUCACUAUCAAUGCAUGAAAGGAAGUUCUGAGUUUAUGGCUAGAAUAAAGGAAUAUAACGUCAGAAAACGUUCUCCUUAUAUGCAUAUACCCACAGAAUUUUGUCAGUCGAAUGCACUCUUUCAGAAUACGACCAUAAUGUUGACAGGUCCAUCGGGUAAAUCAUGUCCGGUGAGUCUUAGAAUUUGCAAUGGUGGGAAGACUUUGUAUGCUUGUAUUACAAGAGGCUGGCAUGAUUUCUUUUCAAGCAACAAGCUAAAUGUAGGAGAUGUUUGCAUCUUCCAACUUGAUAGUGCAAAAAGCGACUCAAAUUCUAUUUCCAUCGAUGUUCGUGUUGUGUAGGCUGCAGACUUUUCUUUUAUAUUUAUUCUUUUGAAUUUUUACCUUGUAAACUUAUUUCACUAGGUAUAGGUUCCUUUUAUAUAUUUAAUUGGCUGAUCAGCAACAAGUUGUACUCGAGCUGCUGCAGAGUAAUUCAGCAGUGUGUUAUUUGUUGAGAAACAAAAAUGCUGAUGAAUAAGAUGCUUCAAGAAAAUAACUUGGAGGCCCUCAUGCUAGUUGACAGGAGAUCUCCUCUGCAGCAGCUCUUAAGGAUAAAAUGUCAAUGGAAUCUAGCAGUAUAGAAACACAGAGGUUUCAACUUCCAUCGUACUUGCUGAGUAGUAGUAUUUUGGCUACAAAAUAUGACCUAUUUAUACCCAUUCGGUCUUCGUUCAUUUGUCUAUAGGAGUAUAUGCCAUGAUAUUUUUGUACUGUUUGGGACGUGGUGUAUUUCUUGGGGCUUCUGCAAUUAACAUAACAAUGGUAGUUUUCGUAAUUUUGGUUCCUAUCAUAAGAAAAAGAAAAGUUAU